UUGUAAACCUCCCCUUCCCCAUGGCGCAGCUGCCGUGAAUCCGCUCAACAUCCAAGUUCAAACCCAGUUUUACCAGUCCGGCUUGCCUUAUAGAUCUGGGGCUGGUCAGUCUAGGGUGCCCUAUGUCAAGAUGCUCCGAGUAUGGACAACUACCGGUCGUCUCGAAGACCCAUACGAGGAGUCGUGUGUCAAGGAGAGCAAGUUCGUCAGUAAGGACAUUUUGGAAGUGGAUUCACAUGGAUAUACGCUUCGUGAUGGCUCGACCCUUUCUUCGAAGCGCCACCACACAGAUGUUCCUCCGCCACGUACUGCUGUAGGGAAGUAUCUUAACGUGAUGCGCGAAUAUGGGAUCGAGGUGCAACCCGAUCAGAAGAUAAAAUUCGCUGUCCAUGGAAGAUGAAAAGUGUGUUUCGUCGUUGGGUUUAGUUCUCUUACGUCUCCUGCUGCAAGAUCAAUAGCUCGUACCUCGGCUCUGCUCUCUCAAGCAUCAUU